AUGUCGCGCAAUGAUAUGGAGACCACCGGUACCUUUGUGAAAGAUCUCGGAGCUCUGGCUUUGGAUCCCAUGUUGGACAACGACCCCUCGCCAUCCAACAUGGGAGACGAAGCCGAUCUCGCGGUGAUUUGUCAAGGUGUUCUCGACGCGAAAGAUGAUGUGCUUGAAGUGGACGGCAAGGAAACCACUUUAGAAGACAUCAUCUUGCGCGACGAAGAAGCGGUUACCUCCCCAGAUCGUAAUGUCUCUGAGCUGUCUGACCAGGACAAGUGCGAUCCUCUGUACUUGCUGACGCUCCAUAGCUUCUGCUUGCCUGUUGGAAAGUAUUCGUUGGAUAAUCUUAAGCAGUCGGAUGCGGCCAACCUCGUUGGAUUCGUGGUACCUAUUGCACCACGCCUGGACCAUCUUGUUGCUCCUAAGAUUGCCAACGAGUCCAAGAAGACAGGCAAGAAGGAAGCCACCGUGAAGGGAAAGAAGGAAACCAUGGGCGGCCGCCGAAACCAGAACCGCCCCGACGUAUACCAAAAGCACGCGAAGUUGACGCUUGUGAGGGAGCCUCUGGAAUUCAUGAUCCUUCCUCUUGUUGCCAGGCGAAACAAGGACGUUGCCACGCAACUCCGCAAGGACCUUCGCGAGGCCAAGUACAGGGCGCGGUACCAUCACCGCAAAGCUGCAAAGGCACCCAAGAAACGCGGCCCAUACAAGUGCGGCUCCUGCAGUAGCAAGCUCAAGGCUCAUGUCUGUCCCUUUGUCAAGAUUCGCGUGGAGGUUUGGGAUGAAGUGGCAAAGUGUGUGCCUCCCGGCCUGCUGAAACAAGCCGCUCUCACCGCAUCCCCCAUCGAGAAUUGA